AUGCUGCCUCUUUCUAGUGCCUCCUUCCGUAUCCCUUCUGCGCUGCUGCAGCUGCAGCAGCAGCAGCAGAAGACCGCAGCACGAGCUGCUGCAGCAGCAGCGAAAGCAGCAGCAGUCCCCCUUCGGGGGUUUCUACCAACUGCAAAUUUUUCGUGUGUGUCCCAUCCUCCCUCGCUGCCCCCAGUCGUCCCAGCAGCAGCAGCAGCAGCAGCAGCAGCAGCAGCAGCAAGACCAGCAGCAGCAGCAGCAGCCUGGGUGCCCUCGCCACCAGCACCACCCUCACCAGCGCCAGCAGCAGCAGCAGCAGGAGCGCCAUCGCCAGCAGCAGCAGCAGCAGCACCUGCUGCAGCAGCAGCGCCCUGCCGCGCGCAGCGCAGCCCCCCCCCCGCAGCAGCAGCAGCAGCAGCAGCAGCAGCAGCAGGAGUGCUGCGGGGCUCGCUGCUGCUGCUGGGAGGCAGCAUAAACUCGCGUUCGCUGCUGCAGCAGUUCUACGAGCGGCUGCCGCUGCGGCGGCGCUUCAAAAAGGCUUUAAAGAAAGGCACUUUAGUGUGGGGCAAAGGGCAGCUGCUGCUGCCUCCCGUUGCUGCUGCUGGCCGCGGGCUCAGCAGCAAGUUGCUGCCGCCGCAGCACAGGCAGCAGCAGCAGCAGCAGCAGCAGCAGCAGCAGCAGCAGCAGCAGCGCAGGCGCGCCUUCAGGGGAGACAUCAGCAAACUCAGGGCUGAAAGGAUCUGGUUCCAAGACUAA